AGGAGGAACCUCGCGGGAGCAGGAUUUAUACAACCUUUUAGUGUUAACCCUCGCGCUGCUCCUGUCCCAUGCGGGGACACGGUUGAAGAACAGGAGAAAGUUUAUACGUUACUAUAUUACUAAAAAUCAUUCUCCCGCUCUGUCGACUGAGAGGAGAAAAAUAGGAGAGGAAUAUAACGUUUUUUCCAAACCGAGAGGACUGAAUGAACUGCAUGGGGCGACCGGGGCCAGGGCUCGAUAUCGAUCCGGUGUAAAUAUGACGUCUGUGUUCGGUUAUGCUCCCGCCUUGAACGCUGUUCUGAUCGAAGACAACCCGGGAUAAUAGAUACAUACUCCGGGGACUUCGAAACACACACACACACACACACACACAAAGUUACGCGGCAGUGGCACGCACGGUGAGCCAGCCAGCAUGACAGCGCCAGCAGCAGCGGAGGAGCUCACGACACACCGGGCAGCCGACUUCAUCAGCAGGAGAUGAGGUCUAGAGUUAAUAAAAAAGUUGCGUCAGUCUUUAAUUUAUCCACCCACUCUACUACGGCCGCUCCGUCGGCACCUUCAACAGAGGAGCACCAGAUAUAAAACAGCGUACGGGACUGGGAACUACAGCUACUGCACUUGUGGAAAGAGGACACCCGGAGCUGGGGGAUACGUAUUUGCAGAGGCAGAGGACGCACGACACGGCGAAGACAAGCUGUGUGUAGUAGUUAGGAGUGUGUAUUGGAGUGUGUGUGUCUUUGUGUGUAGCUGAAGCGAUUAAAAGGUGUUUAAUCCUGGAACACGCAGCACCAGCAGGUCGGCUUCUGUUCACCUGGAACCCGCGAGACAACACAACUCAGGGCCGUGUGAGGAGCCUCAACGCGGGGGAAGGUGUGCUCCCGGGGCCUAGAAGCGAUGAGUUCGCUUUGUGCCCCCAUCCUACUGGCGCUGCUGGUCCUCCUGCUGACUGCUGGAUUCUGCAGACAGAGCUCUGUGCACGUGAGCCCGGGGGCGAGCACAGGGGCGCGCACGGACGGACACAACCUCCUCGAGCUCAUCAUGGACAAGGUGCGUCUGACGCGGCAGCAGCAAGAUGAGGUGCACGUGCGCUACCCUGCCAAAAAACAGGAGUUCACCUUGGAGACCAAGGAGAGGAAUGAAGUGAACAAGUCUCACCAUGGAGACAACAUCAUAGAGGUGUUCCCCAGAGACCUGAGGCAAAAGGAGAAGUUCCUCAAACACCUAACAGGUCCUCUAUACUUUAACCCAAAGUGUAGGAAACACUUCUAUAGACUAUACCACAACACCAGAGACUGUACCAUACCUGCCUACUAUAAGAGGUGUGCCCGUCUUCUCACCAGACUAGCAGGCAGUCAGAGGUGUACAGAGAGGUAGAAUACCCUGAUUUCAACAGAGCCCAUGAAAGAGAGAAGUGCCUUGGAAGAUGAACUGAGACUGCUAGUGCUAUCUAAGUGUGUCAUGGGGAACAUUGGUUAUGUUACGACGUCCAUAGAAGCUCACACAUACUUUACUCUACUCUACUCUACUUUACUCAACUCUACAUUCUGACAAUCUCUGAGUUCUGCUGCCAAAAACCAUGACGACACGUGGACGCUAUUGUACGACACUUGAAUUAUAUCAUGCCUCUCUGUGGGAGUGAUUUUGUGUUCAUCGACAUGCCUUCACAGGUUACAACAAAAACAUUUGGUUGGACUAUGGUUGGACUAUGGUUGGAGUUUGGUUGGACUAUGGUUGGAGUUUGGUUGGAGUUUGGAUGGUGGUCUCUGAGCUGUGGUUGUAAACAGCGGCUACAGACAGAAAGAAAGACAGACAGACACACACACACAUAAAGACAUACAGUGAUAUUUUGGUUGAUAAUUGGAUUCAUUACAACGUUUCUUGACAGACAGACAGACAGACAUCCUGAUCUUUUGUUCAGCUACAUUACUCAGACGCAGAGAUCCACAGAAGAUCCACAUCUCUGAUGUAAUGACUGAUUGGUAGCCUGGUAGUAAUACAAUCCCUGAUGGAAUGACUGACUGGUAGCCUGGUGGUCUGCAUCAGGACUCCCUAUUGCAGGAGGAGGAAUACUUCCCUUUAUAGUGAAAAAGCUGCCAUUUUGGACACUGCAUCAGGAUUUCUGGAAAAACUGGGAAUUUUGGGAAAGUUACUGGAAUUUUCCAACCCAAUGAGGACCAAUCUGAAUUCACAGCCUAUUCCCUAUAAUGCCCCUACCAGAGCCCAAUGUGGUUAUACCUACAGCAUGUGCAUGGGAGAACAGAGUGUCAUCUGAGAUCUCAGUUUAAAUCUUAGUCUAUGAAAUACUCCUUAAGAAGAGAUCAUCGUCGCCACUUGACAGAGAAUCCAACUGUCUGAACAUAAAUGUGUUACAUGUGGUAUUAUACAUAUAUAUUUAUAUGUUCACGCUUUUGUCAAUUGUCUCUUUGCACAUUGUGUGUAUACCUACCCUGUA